CUUACUUACUUGCUAUUAGUCAACAGUGCAGUGCAAUGCAGUGAAUUAAAAAAAUUAUACAUGUAUAAAUAACUUGCGCUGUGUUUUCUGUAAAGAAGUGGUAAAACAACCGAAACGAUUCCAGGCCACCCGACGUACAAAGCUUCCAUGCGACUGACGAUUACUAAUGUUCAGAGCAGCGAUUACGGCAACUACAAGUGCGUUGCCAAAAAUCCUCGCGGAGACAUGGACGGAAACAUAAAGCUCUACAUGUCGAAUCCGCCAACAACACAAGCUCCGCCCACAACCACAACGCUGCGGCGCACAACAACGACUGCAGCUGAAAACACGCUAGAUGCCUACUCGAACACCCCUUUGAAUGGUAGCGUCGGCGAAGGACCAACAAAUACGGGAAGUAGGCCUGGCAAAUUGAGCAUCAAAUAUCUAUCGAAUCUAAAUGAGAUUGAUAAGUCAAAGCAGAAGUUGACGGGCAGUAGCCCCAAGGGAUUUGACUGGUCAAAGGGCAAGACUAACGGGAGCCAUGGCUAUAUCAAAGCAACAAACUCACCUCUAACCUGCUGGCUUCUCACGCUCCUUUCGCUGCUGGCAACACACUUUUGCGGUUAAUCGUCAUAUAUAUACAUAUUAAUAAAGUGCCAUUAAAAACAUUCGAUAUUAAAAGUGUACGAUGUCAAAAAUAAAAAAUGGACGCGAAAGCAUACAAUUUUUUCCCCAAUAUUCGUUAUUUUCU